CGAGACCCAGCCACCGCGAUUUAAUUUCCGAGUUUGACCACAUGUGCAGAACACCGGGGCUGACACCUAUAACACAAGGAAAGGCUACGUGGCACUACCACACGUCUACCUUGCCUUACUGGAUUAACCCCGUGGAUACACGUUCUAAUCAUUUUCCUAAUUUUGGAGACUCAGUUCUGGAAACUUGGAUGAUGUGGUGCGCCAUUCAGGCUCAGCAGCCUCACUCUCCUAUCUUAUAAGUUAUAAGUAAAUCCUAAUCAUUGAAACAAAAUAUAUACUGGCUUCUAGCUACUCUGUUACCAAGGAGGUGCACUUCUCCUUUUUGUUCCCGACAUUAGCGGGUAUACAUAUUUGUCAAGCUUCAACAUCUAUAUAUAUAGACAAACACUUGGAAUUGUUGAGUGAACAGGGAUCACGCUGCCAAACAUAGAAAUCAAGAAUUGCCUCCUUCUUUGUAUCCCUGCGUUCCAUCUUUCUUUCUUUCUUUCUUUUACAUAGAAAACCUCCACUACAUGAAUUUCACUUCUGCUGCAUCUUUUUCCACAGGAAAAUUGCCUGAUCAAUUAGUUGGAAGCUUCAACCCAUAAUGCCGCCCCUUUUUUUGAAUCCUCCAAUGCGACCGGAGAAACCGUAUUUUCAAUUUGAAUUUCCGUAACAACUUCAGAUCGACGAAGACGCAGUAGUUCGGGUUAUCACCCUGCAGCCGCCGCCGCCGCCGCCGCCAAACUCCAAUUAAUUGAAGCUUAUCUGAUUUGUUCUUAGUCAUAGACAAUGGAUAUAUUUUACCAUCCACACAUGGAUCGGGAAAUUGAAUCGCUCAUUGAGAGAAUACAUCCUCCCAGGGUCUGCAUAGACAACGAUUCUUGCCGAGAAUGCACCGUAGUGAAGGUCGAUAGUGCAAACAAGCACGGGAUAUUAUUGGAGAUGGUCCAGGUGUUGACAGAUCUUGAUCUUAUUAUUUCUAGAUCAUACAUUUCCUCUGAUGGUGGAUGGUUUAUGGAUGUGUUCCACGUGACCGAUCAAGCUGGCAAGAAGCUCACGGACGAAACCCUCAUGCUCCACAUUCAGCAGAAACUAUGUACCACUAGAAGAAAAGGAAAUAUCUCGAGUGAUGAAGAUGAUGAAACUACGUCAGAACCAUAUGGUUGCGAUGGGCCCCACUCACCCCAAAACACGGCCCUGGAGAUGACUGGGCUGGACCGGCCCGGCCUACUAUCUGAAAUAGCUGCGGUGCUAGCGGAGUUGGGCUGUACCGUGACCUCGGGAAUGGCCUGGACCCACAACGACAGAGCGGCCUGCAUCAUCUACGUAGAAGACGCUUUAAAAGCAGGGCCCAUCAAGGACCCAAUACGGCUGGGCCACGUUCAAGAGCAGCUUCAGAACGUGGUGGAGGCCCACGGCGAUAUCGGAGAGAGGAAAAGCGUGAGGCUGAGAAACUUGGCGGCGGGGCGCACCCACACAGAACGGCGGCUCCACCAGCUGAUGUACGCGGACAGGGACUACGAGAGCUGCCGUGCGUGUCACGGGGAGAGUAGCGGGGAGCACAAGAAGGGGUGUGAUGGGACCCACGUGUCCGUUAGUAGAUGCAAGGACAAAGGGUACUGGGUGGUCAACGUGAGGAGCAGGGACCGUCCUAAACUACUCUUUGAUACCGUCUGCGUCUUAACCGACUUGCACUAUGUGGUGUUCCACGCCGCCAUCAGGUCCAAGAGUUCCAUGGCCGAGCAGGAGUACUUUAUAAAGCACGCCGUCGCUGGCGCUUGUCUGGACGAAGAAUCCGAGAGACAAAAGCUCAUCUUAUGCUUAAUCGCUGCCAUAGAACGCAGAGUCUCCCAUGUACGUCUCAUUCCACCCACCAUUAAGGGAUUAAGGGUAGAUAUUCGCACCAAGAAUAGGACGGGUCUACUGUCGAACGUGACAAGGGUGUUCCGUGAGAAUGGACUAUCGGUAUCAAGGGUUGAGAUUGGAACACAAGGGGACAAUGCGGUGGGAUCAUUCUUUGUGACAGACUCUUCUGGUCAACAAGUCAACCCUAAUAUAGCGGAGCUGGUGAGACAAGAGUGUGGCGGAACCGUAGUUACUGAUCACAAGUCGCCUUAUAGGGUUCCUAAAUCAUCCUCCUCCUCCUUGUUGGCUAUGGACGAAACCACCAACAAUUUGGUGGCCAAGCCAAUAGUUUCUAUUGGGAACAUGCUAUGGUCUCAGAUAGAACGCCUUUCAGGUAGUUUUGGCUCCAUUAGAUCCUGAGAACUGAGAAGCUACCACCUGGGAGCUCUAUGUGUCGUCGUGUAAAUAAGCUCCAUUAGAAUUCUUAGGCGUCGUUUCGAUUUUAGAUUCCUCUAACUAAUGACCUUCUUUUCCAUUGUCGCUGUACAUAGAUUUUCCACCGUAAAUGAGAUUCAUAGACUGACCUGCCUACAUUAGUUGCUUAAAGCAAA